AUGGACUCUCAGGCGGAGGCAUCAACGACCGCCGAUGGCACCGAACAGGUUGGGCAGAACGCGCCAGCUUCCUACUAUGAUGAUGUUUCAUGGCGACAACCAGACGAGGAUGACCGUGACGGUGCGUGGGACCGUUACGGCGAUACCUGGAGCUGGAACUCAGGUUGGCAAGGCUCGUGGGAACAGUGGGACUCUUGGUUCAGUUGGGGUCCGCGAGCCCCGACACUCCCUCCCUUACCGGAGUUACUGCCGGACUUCGUGCAAGGAUGGAUGCUUCUUCAGGAUGCCAACCUGGAUGCCACAGAGAAAGGACUGGUGCAGGCAACGGCGGGAGAAAACUAUGGCAUGAAGAAUAUCGCCAACGCCCUACGAAUCCACUUUCCGGACAAUGACUUGAAGAAAAGAGACCAAGGCCGACGACAACAUGGAUUCUGGGGCGAGGCCGAGGCGGACGAGAUCUACGACGAGGAGCCGCACUUGGGCCUCGCGGCGACCGAGACCCUCAACGAGGAAGGCUUUGCGGCUUGGAACGAGGCCCAGACGGAGGCCGAAGGCGCCCUGGCGGCUAUCCAGCACGCUCAAAGAGGCUCCUCCAGCGGACAUGGGCCUCCUCGACCUCGCGAUGAUUCAGGGCUGACUUGUCUCAAGUCCGGCAAAGUUGGACACCGUGCAGCCAACUGUCCGCAACAGGCCACAGCCCAGUUGGCGGAGAAUGAGACGGCCUCAUUCACCUUCUUUGCCGACGAGGUGAUUCCGGAGGCGAACAUGGCCCAGGGUCUCGAGGAGAAGAAGUUUGGAAACGAGGACUACUCCAUGACGAUGGCCGAGGACCUCAACUUCUACACGGAGGACGCGGAGGACCCGGCGAACACCGCCUUGUCCGCAACGAUCACGACCGGUAUGGCGGUGGAGCAGGGCAAGGCCGUGCUGGAUUCCGGAGCUACCCGGAGUAUCGGCUCGGUGUGGGCCUUGGAAAAAGUCAUGGAUAUCAAUAUGUCCCAGACUGGCAACACACGUGUUCUCGAAGUCAAUCAGGAAGAACGACCUCUCUUCAGCUUCGGAAAUUCCAGUUCCGAUCAAUGUGUGUCCACCGUCCGCAUGGGAGUGACUGCGGGCAACAAAGAAGGAUCCUUCAAGGUGCAUGCCCUCAACCGAGGAGUGGGACCAGUGCUUCUUUCGAUAGAGGCACUCCGGACCAUGGGAGCCGUGGUGGACUACGAGGCGGACCUGGCAGUCUUCAGGAAGCUCGACCCGACGAAGAUCAUACAGCUGGAGCGCUCCAGCACAGGACAUCAGCUUCUUCCAUUGACACAGGACCUCCUCAAGGACGCGAUGGGGACUCGUGUGGCGAUUCCGAGUUUGCGAGAGUUUUUGGAGACGGCGGCCAAGCCGCAGUCCGAGAGCAACCACGCGUUCGUUUUGCCUCAACCGCCUUCGAACAUGAGCGGCCUCUCUCGCGCCAAUCUUCAGAAGAUGCUGGAGGAACAAGGAGAAGUACCUCCACGCGCCUGGACUCGCGCAGAACUGAUGCUGCGAGUGGAGGAGCUCACCAACACCAACAUGAGCAAGGCAAAGGCGGCCUCCAAGGACCUCACCUCCUACCGCCACUUGGUCCAGGAGCUCAACCGUGCCAGUCGAAAGAAGGCGGAGCUUCAGGACUUCUGCAAGGACAAGUUGCUCAUGAAUGUCAACUACAAUCUCACCAUUCCGCAGUUGAUGCGGGAGGCGAUGAUCAAGAUCUAUGUGGUCUCCCAACCAGAGCCAGCGGAUCCUCUUGGCUUCGGGAAGCACGCGGCCUUGAGCUACAGCGAGGUCAAGAACAAGCAUCCGCAGUACUGCGAAUGGGCGAUCACAACAGCCCGCGAGGGACCAUGCGAUCCCCGUCUCAAGAGGUUCGCAGGCUGGUUGAGCAACGAUCCUCAGCUAGUGCAGACGGCGUCACAGGAAUGGGAGCUCAAGAUGACACAGUCCGAGGAGAACCACCGUGUGGUGACGCCCAAGACACCGACGCCGAAGCAGAAGACGAUGAUGAGGAGCAGCGCUUCUUCGUCCGCGGAGGAAGAGAUUGGCUCAGUGACCAUCGCGGGGUACCAGUUGCAGAGUCUGGUCUCAACGAUCGAAGACCUGAAGGAGGAGGUGUCGAUCCUCAAGGGCGAGAGACCCCGCAAGAAGGCUCAGAACGAGGAGGCUCUGAGUGUGGUGAGCGAUUUUUCCAUGGUGGGUCCGAGAACCCCGGAGCCCUGA